AUGGAAAACAGUACCACCGAGGAAGCAGGUGAAAACUUUCGUGACUGGUCCAAGCUGCAAACCGACAUGCUCUGGAAGAUUUUUGCCCUAGUCAGCGUGAUGGACAGGAUCCUCAACGUCUCUGCCGUCUGUCACUCCUGGCGCUCGGCCUGCUCCGACAAAAUUCUUUCGAGUACUCUCGACACUAGUAAAAUCAGAAACGAAAUGGACACCAAGACUCGUCGUGGAAGAACUCGACUUAUGGUCAUUCUCAUCUGCGGUGUUAAUCUGGCAGGUGAAAAUUUGACCACGCUGAUUAUUGAUUCCAUAUUGGAGGUGAACGAUAAAAUUCUUACUCAGGCAGCCAAAAGGUGCCCAAACUUGAAGUAUCUGGGGCUGCUGUGGCCAUACGGGGCAACAUCCAGAGGCCUAAGAACUGCAUUCGAAUCCUGGACAAACCUCCAAUCUAUGUCCAUUUCAUUCAAUUCCCUCCUCUCCCAUGUCAACAUCUUCAAGGCGAUCGGCCAGAACUGCCCCAACUUCACUGAGCUUAAAGUCCAUGCACCUUUUGUCUCCCAAGAAACAGCCCAGAUCGCAUCACAAUUCAUACCCCACUUGAAGGUGCUAAGGCUACAAUGCAAAAUGGUCUCAAAAGAUGCGGCAGUUGCAGUAUUGGACGGACUGCAAGACCUUGAGGAGCUUUACAUAUCCAUCCAGAAGGUCGAGUAUGUAGCUCCUGUUACUGGCGUGUUUCGUCCAGCAAUCAUGCGUGAUCCAAGAGUGCUCAGCAAGGCUUCCAGGCUUCGAGUUUAUCACGUUUGUUACACGGGAGAAUGCAGCUCUUGUCCGGCCUCCAGCAUGGGACCUCCACCAUCGAAUGUUGUUUGA